AUGCGCUGCCCCGCUGCGGGUGUGGCUGCGGGCGCCAGCGGCUCCAACUGCGUUGGUGCGGAGCGCCCGCGGCCCGCAACGCGCUGCCUCGUCGCGGCUGCGGGUGCGGUGGCCGGUGCCCGCAGGGAGCGCCAGAAGUUCGCCUGCAUAAACUGGCACGGGGCGUACCUGAAGAACUACGUGGUGGGCGGCUUGUCCCACUGGCCACUGGACACCAUCGCGGCGAGGAUCCGAGACGUGGGCUUCAACUGCGUGCGCCUCCCCUACAGCACAGAGGGGGUGCUAGACAACCCCCCGAUCAACAACUCGGACGUCUCCGAGAACCCAGAGUUCAAGGGGCUGCACAUGCUGGAGAUGCUGGACAAGACAAUCGAGGCACUGGCCAGGAUGGGGCUGAUGGUCAUUAUAAAUAACCACAACUCGAAGUCCGGCUGGUGCUGCUCCUCCGAUUCCGAGGAGGGGCUCUGGUACACCCCCUCGUACUCUGAGGCGGAUUGGAUCAGGAGCCUCGAGAUUCUCGCCGAGCGCUACGUCGACAGCAAGUUCGUGGUUGGCUACGACAUCCGCAACGAGCCGCACGACUACGGGGGCGUGCACCUGACGUGGGGAACAGGCGACCCAGAGACGGACGAUUGGGCGGCCGCGGCGGAGCGCGCAGGGCGCGCCGUCCUGAGCAAGGACCCCGAGGCGCUCAUAGUCGUCGAGGGCCUUUGCUUCGCAAAGGAGCUCAGGCCGUUGCACAAGCACCCCCUGCAGCUCCCCAGGGAGAAGCUGGUGUAUUCGGUGCAUAUGUAUUACUUUUUCCAGAUGUUCUCUGCAAUCACGGAGGUCAUGUCGCUGCAUUGGGCGAAGCACGUAUCUCGUUUUGUUGUCAUCUUCAAUUUGUCGUUCGCUGCUUUUUUGUUUUGGUUUUGGUGUCGGCUUGGGAAUCCCCAGCCACCCACUGGAACUAUCAUGAUUUCCUGUGGGACGUGGCUGACGAUAUUGGCCUUGGGAAGCCUCGGGUAUCUUAUAUUUCUUUAUGCCAACCUCAUGGGCAUCGCGGCCUGCGCCUACGUGGCCAGACAUGAUGUGCUGCCAAACAUAGUCAUCUCUUUGGUCUGGUUGGUCUUCGGGUUCAUGCUGCUGGGCUAUGGGUGCUUCAGAAGAUCCCGGGCGCAGCGCAUAGGCGUCAACGACUUAGGCGAAUCUGCAAGCGAGCCCGACAGCAGUGAGGAGGGUGACAUUGAUGAGCCUGCGCAGAGGCCGCUGAUGGGCAGGUUCGCGUCUCUGAGAUUGGCGUUCAAGAGCCAUGAUAAGCGCAAGAUGCAUCCUGUGGAUUUCGAUCUGGCCCUGCACUUUGGUCUGCAGCUAUUUGCGGGUUUGGUCGUCAUAGGUGUUCUUGCUCUCACGGCGUAUUUUGGCACAGGGCUUCUUGACACGUAUGAGUAUUUCAGGCGGCACAUGGAUGACACCUGGGGUUUCGUGCUAGUCAGGGGGAACGACUACACAGCCCCUGUCUGGGUAAGCGAGUUCGGUUCCUCGGUCCGCUCUGACUUCUGGCUCAAGACGCUAAGAUACAUGUCCUCCACCGACGUGGACUGGGCGUAUUGGCCUCUGAAUCCUUACAAGAGAACAAAGUCUUCGAGGACGGAGGGUGGAAGGACAUCGACCCACCGGUCUGGUCGACGGAUUCUUGGAGCUUCCUCGGGAACGACUGGAUGA